AUCUGCAUUUUUUGUUUAUUUUUACGUUCAAUGUUUUAUCUCCCUUACCUUUGCACGUAUAUAGAGCGACAGAGAGCAAUUUUAUCGGCUUUUAGUCUCCGCAUUCCUGUAGAGGUGCAACCUUGUCGAUUUUUUUCCUAGAGAUUUUUUAAUUACAGUUAAUUCCACAUAAUUCCAAUGCCUUCACCACACCUAACAACCGGGUCCCAACAGCCCCCUAAAACCGAGGGCAAACUCCGUCUCUACUCGAUGGAGUUUUGCCCUUAUGCCCAACGCGCCCGUUUGGUGUUAAAAGCGAAAAACAUCCCUCACGACAUCGUCAACAUCAACUUAAUUAAAAAACCCGAAUGGUAUACCAAAAUCCACCCUGAAGGCAAAGUACCGGCUCUUGACACCGGCUCAAAAAUCAUCGUCGAAAGUCUCGACAUUGCCAAUUUCCUCGACGCCGAAUACCCCGACAACCCCUUGUGCAAGCCCGGCGACAAGGAAUUGAUCCAGAAAAUCGCCCCCAUAACCGACCUCUUCUACCAAUGCCUCGCCAAAACCGAAAACAAAUCUUUGGAGGAGUGGGCGCAAGCGUUCGCCCCCCAUUUGGCGGUAUUUGAGAGCGAGUUGGAGGCGCGAAAAAGCACGUUUUUUGGGGGCGAGAAACCAGGAAUGGUGGAUUACAUGUUGUGGCCGUGGGGCGAAAGGGCUGGGACUAUUGCGAUCGCUCAUGGGGCGCAAUUGCCCUUCGCCAGCGAUCAAUUUCCGCGUUUGAGGAAAUGGAGGAAGGCCAUGAGGGAGGAUAAAGUCUGCAGCGAGAUUUACAAUGGGCCGGAAAAGUUCUGGAAAUGUGUCGAAAUGAAAUUGAAGAAUUUGCCACCGGAUUAUGACAGUAUUUAAUUAGGGAUUUUGUGAUAAAAUAAGCGAGGAUCACAUGUUGUAAUUUACAUAAAUCUGGACUUUAUCAACUGUGA